UAUUCCUUGUCUGAAUCUCGCUUUAGAUUCGUAUGAUAACCCAAGACGCCAUCCAAACAAUAUUCUCGCUCGCAGUCCAAGCCUGGUACUCCUACCUCCAAGAUCACGUUUGACGGUAUCACUGCAUCCCGUUACGCCAACAUGGCUCUCGAUAGCAACCUCGGUGGAGGUGGUGGGAAAGGUGAUCUCACCAACCCCUUCAUCACGAAACCUCAGGCAUCGCCUAUGAAACGACCCCCUUCCAGGCCCGGCUCGGCCAUGUCAGGACACAGUCGAUCAGGUAUGGGAAUCGGAGGUGGGAGCAUGGAUAUUGUUGGGGAUCGAGAUGAGGGGAUGAUGGAGCGAGGCAGGGAUCGGUCGGAGGGCGAGAAAGGCGCUUUCGGUGGUGGUGCGGGAGGCAUGAAGUUUUCGACGGGUAGGAAUCUCGACCGCUUCAUCCCCUCCCGAUCCUCUUCGGUCGACCCAGCCCUGGCAGCAGGCGACAUGUCCAACUAUUCCAUCUCGAACGACGACGACUACAUGACCAACGUCUCUCUGGCCAGUACCAACGCAUCCGAUUCCAACGGUCAACCAGGCGCACCGCAUACCCGGAUCUUGUCCUUUGCCGCCGCACCCCCCUCGUCAUCAUCCCAUAACCCUCAUGCGACCUCUCACCUCUCCCUUUCCCGGCAAUACACCAAGACCGGAGCCGCCGGUAAAGGUGCUGCUGCAGGAUCCUCUGCUGCAGCAGCAGGAAAGUCCUCGAGAAAGUUCCCGCAGACUCCGGAUAGGGUUCUAGACGCUCCCGGGUUUAUGGACGAUUAUUACUUGAACUUGAUCAGUUGGAGUUGUACGAACAAGGUCGCGAUCGCUCUGGUGGAUACGGUUUACAUCUGGAACGCCGAGACGGGGGAUGUGACGGGUUUGCAUACUUCCACGGAGACCGAGCUACCGGUGGUCACCUCCCUCAACUGGGCAUCGGAUGGGUCGUAUCUAGCCGUAGGGAACGAGAGCGGAAGCGUCGAGAUUUGGGAUACGGACACCGCCAAGAGGAUCAGGAACAUGACUGGGCAUCUCGCCCGAGUACCCUCGUUGUCGUGGAACGGAUCCGUCGUCUCCUCGGGGUGCAGAGACGGAUCGAUCUGGCACCACGAUGUCAGGGUGCAGAACCACAAGGUGCAAGAACUCAGAGGACACAACGCGGAAGUUUGCGGACUCGCUUGGAGGGGUGACGGGCAAUUCUUGGCAUCGGGAGGGAAUGACAAUAUCGUGAAUUGUUGGGAUGGGAGAAUCGGACAAUCGAUCAUUAGUAACGAUGUCAAUCUUCCGAGUCAGGGGCCCAAAUGGCAGAAGCACAACCAUACCGCUGCCGUUAAGGCUUUGGCCUGGUGUCCAUGGCAGAACAGCCUGCUGGCGACUGGAGGCGGGACUAGCGAUCAGACGAUUCAUUUCUGGUCCUCGACUACGGGAGCCCGAGUUUCAUCACUUCCAACGUCAUCGCAGGUUACCAGUCUCGUCUGGUCACCUCAUACCAAAGAGAUCUUGUCGACCCACGGCUACCCGGACAAUCACUGGACGCUCUGGUCUUACCCCUCGUUGAGCAAGGUGCACGAGGUCACCGGGGCGCAUGACAAACGAAUCUUGGGCAGUGGAGUCAGCCCCGAUGGAUGUACCGUAGUGACCGGCGCGGCGGACGAGAGUCUCAAGUUUUGGAAGAUCUGGGAGGCCAAAGCGACUCCCAAGCAGAAAAUGAUGGAGAGGGAUGAGAACGGUGCGGUAAGGAACAAGCCAAGCGUCAGCAUGUGGCGAUGAUCUUGCUCGGGCAGUGAUGGCGCUUGCGGAGAUUAUGGACUUCUUGCGUGAUUAUCGGCGCAGUCGUUUUGUACAGAUCCAGAUUUGGUCUUCUUGUGUAGUCUUACCCAAUCAUACCUGAGACGGGCCCGUGUUUCAGAUCGAUCUCAAUCUGUACUAAUAAGGAUCUGCACAAACGCCGACUAUUGCUUGGAGUACCACUCGAUAGGAGCGUUUGUAAGCUUGUAUUUCAUAUCGUAGCUUAGAAAAGGGUGCUUCCGGACCCCAGCGAUGUAUCACAUAGCCUCCGGAAGAUCGCCAAGAUCGAUGAAACUGAUAAGGC